GAUUAUAAAUUCCAAAAAGGCCACUCAACUCCCAGAGCUGGAUCCCUGAAAAUCUCUCUCAGCUGCUGCACUAGCUACCAUCCCUGGGACCCUCAUCAUGAAAGGCCUUCUCCUGCUCACCCUGUCUGCUCUGCUCUGCUGGGUCUCAGCUGAUAUUCGCUGUCACUCCUGCUACAAGGUGCCCGUGCUGGGCUGUGUGGACCGGCAAUCCUGCCGCCUGGAACCAGGACAGCAGUGCCUCACAACAAAUGUGUACCUCGGUAAGAUGUGGGUUUUCUCCAACCUUCGAUGUGGCACACCGGAAGAGCCUUGUCGGGAGACCUUCAACCAAACCAACCACAAGCUAGGCCUGACCUAUAACACCACCUGUUGCAACAAAGACAACUGCAAUAGCCCAGCCCCUCGGCCCACCCCAGCCCUGGCCCUUGUCCUCCUCACCUCUGUGGCUGGCCUUGGCCUCUGGCUGCUGCACUGA